AUGUCGGAUAACGGACCUCAAUACAUUUCUGAGGAGUUCAAGCAAUUCAGCCAGCAGUGGAAGUUUCAACACAUUACCAGCUCUCCCAUAUAUCCUCAAAGCAAUGGUAAAGUCGAAGCUGCUGUGAAAUCUGCCAAGACCAUCAUGAAGAAAGCUAAGAAGGCGGGGACCGAUCCAUAUCUUGCUCUCCUCGAGUACAGAAAUACCCCAACACAAGGGUUAGACAGCAGCCCUGUGCUGCGUCUAAUGAGCAGACGCACACGUACUCCGUUACCAUCGUUACCAGCAUUGUUGGAGCCAGUAGUCUUUAGGAACACUUACGACAAACUUCUAAAGAAUAAGGAGAAACAAGCAAACCAGUACAACCAAAGAGCAAAAGAUCUACGAAAGCUAUCAACUGGUGAUACAGUGAGGCUCAUUCCACCAGGCGACAGACAAAACCAAGCAGUGAAGGCGCGGGUAAAUGGUCAAGUUGGACCUCGUUCGUUCGCAGUGGAGACAGAGAGUGGAGCGAUAUAUCGGCGAAAUCGGCGCCACCUUCGAAGAACCAAGGAAGAUUUCAACCAGGCCGAAUCUGCAGUUAAGUUGCACAGCGGAGUGUCUACACCAUUAGAUCGCGUUCCUGAGAAACCUUGUAACACACCACCUGAGAAGCUUCGUGAUACACCAUCGAAGCCAACGCCGGAAGUACCGCCAUUACGACAAUCAUCGGCACCUGAACCGUCAGUGACGAACUCGAAUCCAUCUGCAACCGAAGGUGUUACAACAGCACAACCUCCGAUCGUAACGCGCUCAGGACGAACCGUGAGGAAACCGAAGUACCUGGAAUCUCCAAUCGAUCCCGCGCACACUGGUCCACGUAAAAAACCACUCAGGGGACUGUAUUCUAUCGUUUAUUUAAAGAUUCUAUUUACAGCGUGA